UAGAAGCUUGAAAGGCUGGGCUGGGGGUCUGUUUGCAACUUCUGUGCCGCUUCAGCUCUGCUCCCUGUUUCUGCACCCCCUGUGAAGUGUGUGUGGAAGGUCUUGGACUUGGUUUUGCUGCGUGCACCUCGGUGAAAGAGCCCUGUGCAGGGAGCCAUGGCAGGAGCUAUGGUGCGCAUUGGUGACCAGCUCAUCCUUGAAGAAGAUUAUGAUGAGACGUACAUUCCCAGUGAGCAAGAAAUCCAGGAUUUUGCACGGGAGAUCGGGAUUGACCCUGAGAAGGAGCCAGAGCUGAUAUGGCUGGCCAGGGAGGGCAUCGUGGCCCCGUUACCACCCGAGUGGAAGCCCUGCCAAGAUAUCACUGGUGAUAUCUAUUACUUCAAUUUUGCUAAUGGCCAGUCCAUGUGGGACCACCCCUGUGAUGAUCACUACAGAGAGCUUGUCAUUCAGGAGCGAGAGAAACUGCUGGCACGUGGCAGCAUGAAAAAGAAAGACAAGAAGAAAAAGAAAGACAAGAAGGAGAAGCAGUCACUGAAGCAACCCACCUCCUCAGGCACCCUGCUAACACCCAUCCAGGCGCCCCUGGGGAACCUUGCUCCACUGCGUGGCCUUGCAGCGUCUCCGGCUGGCAUCCUUCGCGGGUCGCUGAACUCGGAUGUGGGGAGCUCCGUGGACUCCAGUCUUGUGGCCAAAGUGGGGCCUCAGCCUGCAGAGACCUGUAAACCCAUAAGCCAGACCAAGAAGUUGCUGGGCUUGGUCUGUGAAGAGAAGAGUUCCUUGAACACGGUGGCUCCAGAUAAAGGGAGAAACGAAGAGGGAGAAAGCGAGAAUGAGAGUCUCCAUGGGACAGCAAGACUGUUCAAAAACCUGCAUGUGGAUGUCAGCGCCCUGGGAGGCAGCUUUGACUCUGAGGAAAACAGCAAAGCAGAGGAGGAAAACUGUGGCAGCCAGUUAGCUGAUGUUGCUGAAGCUGACCUUGAGCACCGAAGGAGUCCUGCAGAGGAGGCUGGCAGCCUGCGAGAGAAGGAGUCUUUAAAAUCAAGACAUGCUGAAGAAGGGCAAGAGUCUUCCUUGGAUUCUGAUGCUGUGUGCCCUCCGACUCCAGUUCAAGUCCUUCCUGGAGAUGCUGACAGUAGCCUGUCUGGCCAGAACAAGGAGGAGUCCGAUGGGAAACUUGGUGGGAAUGAACUACUGGGCAAGCAAGAUGCUGAAGUAGAAGGUGACAUCUCUGCAGCUGAUGAGCUGCCCCGAUCUCUGGGGGAAAGGAGUGCAGCAGGGACAGAUGUGCCCAGUGGUGCUGGGCAACCUAGAGUUGCAUCUCCAGCUGCUGAAGCUGCUGAGGCAGAUCAGCUGGCAAGUCUGGCUGCUACUGUUGACACCGUGUCUGUUGGUGAAAAGAUCGUGAACGAAAUGAGGGAAGAAGCAGCAGCUGAUCUGAAAACAGACAGCAGGCUGGAUGCUGGCAAACUUUCAAAGGCAUCCAAGACCAGUGACUGUGGGGACGACUUGCAAGUCUCUGACCACUCAGACUGUGAGCUGAUUCGGCCUAUGGACUUGGGCUUCCAGAGUCGGCUUUCUGAGCAAGUACUGGAUGUGGGGGUUCUGUCUCCUGCUUUGGACAGACCCACGUGCAAGGCUCAGGAACUGGGAGAAGAGGAAAAAGACCAAAGCAAAGCCAGUAUAGAGGAAGAGCAAAGCAAAAGAACAAAAGCUGCUGAGAGUGAGAGGGAUCAAAGUGCUUGUGAAAUGCCAGAAGAGAAGUGUUUUGCUUUAGAAAAUCCCAGUCGGGAGGAGGCUGUGGCCCAGGAGCUGGAGGAGGGAUUGCUGGAUAACCUAAUCAAUUUGGAGGAGCUUGCUGUCCCGCAGAAAGCGCAACCUGAGAAGGAAAUCAAACACGAGCAGUUGUUGAACCAGCCUAGUGAAGAAUCCUUGGAGGGAAUAGCCAAGGAGAUGGAGAUGGAGCUUGAGCAAGAGAAAAUGCAUUUGUUGCAAGCAAAGAAGGAGAAAAUUCAGCAAUUCCAGGAGCAGAUGAGGCAGCAGGAGGAGGAAGAAGCUGAGAAGCUUCAUCAGCAAAAAGAAAAAUCCCUCAGGACUCUGAAAGAAGAUUUGGCAAAGGUUUCUGAGGAGGAAGAGCUGCGUGUCCGAAAGGAAGAAACUGAGAGACUUGCAAAGCUGCGAGCCAAAAUCACCUCGGAGACUGAGGCAGAGAAGGAGAAGAUAAGGGCAGAGCAAGAGGUCAUGCUGCAGAAACUGCAAGAGGAGUGGGAAUCCCAGCAGGUAAUGGAGAAGCAGAACCUGGAGAGGAAGCAGCAGCUUGUUUUGGAGAAAAUGAAGCUGGAAAUGGAGGAAGCUCAGCAGAAAGAGAUGACUGAGCUGGAACAAGAGAAGGAACAAUUCCUGAGCGAGCUCAAGGAGACAUUAGACAGGGAAAAGAAGAAGGCAGUAGAAGAGCUAGAGAAACAGUUUGCAACUGAACUCCAGCAGCUGAAAUCUGCAGCAGAAGAGAAGCAUCAUAAGGUCAUUUCCAGCCUGCAAACCCAGAUAGCAGAGGCACAGAGGAACGAGGAGUCACAGCUGCGUGAAGACUUGCAGAGAGCAGAGCAGAAAGUGCAGCAAAAAGCAUAUCACGUAACAGAAUACGAACGUGAGCUCAGCGAGCUUAUGAGAGAGAAACGCCACAAAGUGGAAAAAGACCAUGAGAGGAAAAUGGAGAGGAUGAAGGAGGAGCACCAGGAGGUCCUAGCACGGAUUCAGAAUCAGUAUGAGGAGGAGGAGAGAAAGCAAAGAGCGGAGCUGUUUGAAGGCCUCAGAAGUGAGAUGGUACGCCUCCGACACCUUCAUGAAGCUGAGGUGAAGGCUCUGCAGGCGGAGCUGGAUGAGCGGCUUACUGCACUGCAGCACAGGCACAGGGAGAAGGAAAGAAAACUCGAGGAUUCAGAAAAUGAGCUUGAAAUGCGCGCAAAGAACAUCAAAGCUAGAUCAUUGCAGCUCCUUAGCCAGGAGGAGUCUCUGAGAAAGAAAAGGCAGCAGCUGCUGGAUGAAGACAGACGGACUGAGCUAGAAAGAGAUGAAGCUGCUUUAGCUUCUCAGCUCCGCCUGGAGGAGAACAGGAAGGAGCAUGCCAGCCUCCUUGAGUCCAUCUGGCAACUGCGUAGGUCUCUUGAAGAACUCCAGGACCAGAAAGCUGAGCUGGAGGCCCAGGUGGACUUGUUGCAGACCCGAAGCCAGAGGCUGCAAAAACGCAUCAGUGAGCUGGAAGCAGCUGUCAGGAGCAAACAGGAGACUUUGAAAGAACUGGAGGCAGAAGAAAGUGUACAAUCUCCAAGAAGGAAAGCUGAGCUCCAUGUUGAAGACCUGAGAGAAACUAUUCAAGCUCACUCAUCCAGAGAGCCUGCUUCCCCACCCUCUCAAAGCCAUGAGGACAGUGACUUCCAGUUUGACCACGUCAGGAGCUACAUCUCUGCGGAAGGGAUCUCCAUCAGGAAUGCCAAGGAGUUCCUGGUGCGCCAGACCCACUCCAUGAGGAAGAGGCACACGGCACUGAAAGCUGCAAAGCAGCAGUGGCGCCAAGAUAUGCAGAAAGCCCAGGAGGUGGUGCAGGAUCCCGACAGCUCCCAGCUCCUGGAGGGGGUGCGCAAGAACCUGGAAGAGGAAGCAAAGCAGUUGGACGCGAUGAAGUCGGCUAUGCGGAAAGGACAGGUGCUGCUGAAGAAGAAGGAAGAGAAACUAAGCCAGCUGGAGUCCUCACUGCUGGAGGAGCUUUCAGAUGAAGAUACGCUGAAGAGUGCUGCAUGCAAGAAGGUGGUGACUUUUGAUCUCAGCAACUCUGAGGACACAAACAGCACAUCCAGUGUAAAUCUACGUCAGCCUAAAUUUGAUUUGACAACUGAUUUACGGCCUGCCCCCCAGCUGGACAAGAUCCAAUACUUGACAGACUCUCUGCAACGUAUCACUAGUGAACUGAACGGGGUCCUCGGUGUCUUGGGCUCUCUGAACAAUCGCCAGUCUCCACUCUUCACCUCGAUGCCCUGUGACAGUGUUCCUCUGCCUACCUGUGCCUCCUUGGCAGGACUUCAGGCAGGUGGUUCCCUGGCGCCCCCCACUGGGGUGUCACUGGUGGACCAGUGGGCCUGGAGCACUGGGCUGAGCUCUAGUGGCUCUUUCACAGCUGGACAGUCAGUGGACAGCAUGCUGGCAGAGAAAUGGCGCAAGUAUUUCCCAGGUGGGUUCCCGUCACUCGGUGGAAGUUCCAGGCCUCUUGACAACAAGCUGGGAUACAUACCUGCAAAUGAGCAAAUACGGAUGUUCCAGCACUCCCAGUUCCAGAGCCAUGAGUCAGAUAAUAUGAGUAUUCAAGGAAUGAUUGAGACCAACAAGAAAUGGCUAGAAGAUUUCAAGAGGGGUUCAAAAGUACCUCUCUUCCCAGGUGUGCAGAAGCCCCCUGCCAGCAGCCCCAACCUACUUCAGCUAGGACUGGAUGAAAACAGACAAAUUAAACUGUACCAUUACUAAAAGAUGGGACUGAAGAGAUGGUGGCGGGGGCCUGUGCAGUCUCCCUAGUGAUACGUUGAGUUUCAGUGAUGCCCAGCCAUCUCAGCUGUGUCUUUGUGCUGUGCCCUUGAAAUAAAGUCUCUUUACAAGCGAGUGGAGGAAGGAAGAAAUGAACUUCCCAGGUGGAUUCUUCUAAUCCCGUAAUGUGUCCAAAUAUACUUUAUAGACUGUUUAAUCCAGUGGUGAAAUAUCAGGGCUUCAAUAAAUCAACAGUUCUCUCAUUAGUAUUCUAGCAAUCGUGAGCUGGAGCUGUGAAUCAUGGAGGACUUUGAGUAACUGGUCAAGGGGGAGGAUGUGAAUCCAGCUGAGACUCUGCUAGAGGAAAUGUGUCAGGAAAUGAGCCCACACUGAUGCCCAGCCAAUGCUUAAUUGCAGGUGGGCCAAGUCGUCUGGCCUCUGACAUAUGUGGGAACAGGGGAGAACGAACAGUGAAAUGGCUGUAGAGCAUGGGGACAGGCUCGGGGAAUGGCAGAUUCUGACUCUCAGGAAAUGUACCUCUCUUUUGGGGUGGAAGCAAUAGGAGCUAAGCCAGGAGUGGCUUUUCAUGGCAGAUUUGGAAAAGAGCUCCCUGCUUCCUCUUUCUGCCAUGCCAACCGGAGCUGUGCAGCGUAGCUGCGCUAUGGGAGCUCUUCUCCUGCGUUACAAAUGUGCCAAUGGCAAUGUGGAGUGGGGAUGGCAAGAGAGUGUGGGGCGGUGUCUGCUGGUGCAGAUGCUGUGAAGGAACUUGGCCUAGUGUGAAUGUCAAGACAAAGCCCCGCCUGUGUCCUUCCAUGCCCUGGGGAGAGGGAUCCGGAGCUUGGCUCAGCAGCUGGGGUCUCCUUCCACGCAGCAGGGCUGGGGAGGCAGAUGGGAGCCCUUGGUGCCAAGCCUGGAGCCUGGUCUUGCUGUUCCUGCGGCAGCUCUGCUGUGCUCCUGGGAAAGCAGGUCUCAGGAGGUGGUGAAAUGGGCUCUGCAUGGCCAGAAACCUGGCUGAGGUGUCAGGAUGUUCUUGGACCUCAGCUGCAAGACGGUGGCUUGUUGCUUUGCUCACCAGGUGGCUGCAGUGGUGUUCCUCUGCAGAGGCUGUAUCCAGAGCAUGUUAUCACCUUGCCAGGGUGCAUGGAGCUGGGAGGGGGCAGAGGGUGCUGCUCUAACCGAUGGCGGGGAAAUGUAACUCAGCUUUCGUACUGCUGAGCGGGAAAUGUGGUAUUUGGUUGUCUUUGUCAGUAUUUCCUCCAAGCUGACUUUAAAUAUUUUAUGCUUUAAAAAAUGCUGAACUACUUGCCAUUUUGUCUGCGGAAGAAGCCUGCACUUCAAGGGAUCCCGUCUGUGAGAAAUCGUCUUCAAAGCCCUUCUCCUUAGAGACGGCUGAUGCAGGGAGGCUGGGAAAGCUGCUGCUCUGCACCCUUUUGUGCUGUUUGUGUUCCUCAGUGUGGCUAAUGAUGUGCAGCAGAGUAAAGCAGAACCCCCUCCUGCUUUGCUUCCCGGGUGUUGUGUACUGGCACAACACCACAACAGCUCACACUGUGAGUGUGGCAGGGGAAUGUUUACAUGCAAAUAGAAAUAUAUUUUUGAUGAACAUCAUUUUAAAACUGUUAAUGUCUGUAUAUAUUUUUUUGCUGAUUUGCCUAGAAUUUUUUUAAUUACUUGGCCAGCCUUUGUCCUAGGACAGCUUGAUCCUCUGGUCAAGUCUGUGUUCUCCCACCUUCUGGUCACUAACAAAGCACAGCGUAGUCCUUCUGCAGGCACUGCCAGACGAGAAUGUCCCACUGGUGUCCUUGCUGAGGAAAUCCUAGCUAGCUCUUACCAGUGCUGACUGAGUCGGGGGACCUUAGAUGCCCACAGUUAUCUAUUUUAGAAGGGACCCUAUGGUUCUGGCUUUCUUGUGGCAUGGGGAGGCUGUCAGCCUGGUGGAUGCUGUGCCCAAAGCCACGUGGCUGAGUCCAGUCUGUGUGUUCAGAGCAACAUGUAUUACUAGUGUGGAGAAAUGCCUAUUUUCAUAGCAAUAACCUGGUUUGAGACAUGCUCCUUUUUCCUGUUAAAACCUGUGAGAGCAGCUGUAUCUGGUGGUGUAUGCAAAUUAAAUCAACAUGAGCCUGUUUUGUAUGAUGGUGAUGUUUGUAGCUCUAUUUUUUUCUUGUUGAGAUGUUCUGUUGUAGGCCUAGAUAUCCAGCUUGUACUUACCUUUCACACCUUCCCUGUGUCUCUCUGGGCUGUUUCGUGUUUUGUCUUGUCAAGGUCAUGUCUGGCAAUUUCUAAGACCACUUCAGCUCACUGUGGCUUUAUUACCAUUAUUCUGUUAAGUAUCUGGCCAGGGUAGCAAAUGCAGGGGCAGAUAGAAAGCUAAAAAACAGAACUACAAAAGCAAUUCUUCAUGGGGCUUUCAGCCAGCAGGACAGCUUUUCAUGGGCUCAUAUCCUGCCCUUUUCAUAAAACUGUCAUCCAGUCUUGUUAAAACAGUUGUCUUGCUCUGGAGCUUUAUGUCAAGGUUGGAGGACGGGCUGUGUGCAGGAGCGGUCCACAGCUGGCUCGGCUGGGCACUGAGGGAGGGGCUGCCUACGGGAUGCGUGAAGGUGCGGGGGUCUUUGCCGGAGCAGGUGGGGAGCUUUCCCUGGGAAACGGGAAGAACUGUGUUGCGCUGGCUGGGAACAGGGCUUUGCUCCGGAGUGGCUCUCCAGCAACUCGGGAUGUGUUAAAAUUGACUAACUCUGCAGAUUGGCGGUUGCUACUGACUUCUCCAUUUAUUUCAGAGCAGAUGGGAAUUUUCCCCCAAGUGGUGGUUCAGGUGCUGCUGCUGCAGCAGUGUGCUUGCUGGAGUCCUGCCCGUGGGCUCACCAAACAACAGUCUUGCUAGAAAUUAGGGAGGAUUGGUGACGUGCUGUUCUCUUCUCAUGGCUUGUUCCUUUCUUCUUCUCGCCUCCUUCUAGCAGCCCUGGGACACCCAUAGCAGCCCUUCCCAGCUGUGCAUGUUUGCCCCUUUGGGAUUUUUUCCCUUUAGUCUCUCAUGAAAGACUCGGCUUCUCCUGGGUCUCCAAGCACUGCUGUGAAGGCUGCAUCUGUCCAAAUGGGGCAUUUGCCGCGUGUGUCCUGGCUGGGGACUCUCCAGUGCUGAGAAACUGCGGAUGGGUAAUGUGACCAGUGACCACAAGGAUGCGGAGAGGGGAAGUUUGGCACCUGCCCUUAUUUUUCCAGCUCUGAUUCUUCUGCACAGUGCAUUGCUCACCAGAAAUCCUAGGUUCAGGUGGAUAGGGAUGUGGGGACUCUGGGUGAUCAUGUGAUCUGAGCUACUGGUACAACAGAAAAGCCAAAUGUGGUUCAGGGAUGCGUGAGGCACAUGGACAUGUGCAGAGUCUGGGAUGCUACUGUGCAAGGUUGUGAUCUGCCUGCGGAGGGAGGGCUGGAAAGGAAGGAGUGUGAAUGCUGCUCUACAUGCUGGAGAGAGGAAGGCUGUUGGAGCUGGAGGCCUGAAGAGGCACAGGAAGAACAAUACGUGAAUCAGCUGGUCACGCAGGAAUGGAGGCUGAUGGUUAGAGGCACAUCCUUACAAACAAAACAGAAACCACCACCAAACCUUGAAUCACCCCAGUUCUUGCUGUGCAUAAUCUGCACCUGGGUGUCUUUGCCUGCUGGAGAGCUGCGAUAAGAACUACUGGAGGAGGUCUCUGACAGCAAUGCACACUGUCUAGGUAGGUGCUUUUGGGGGCAGGUCCCCCACCCCACUCCUGAGGCAGCUGCUGUGCAAAGAGCACGGGGCAGCUCUGAGAAAUCCAGUCUGAACUGUAGGUGCAUGCUGGCUGUGGGAGGCUUAGCUGUAAUCCUCCCGAGAAUCGGUCCCAAGCCCAGGAGGUCUGCCCCAGCUCAUGGGUCCGAGGUGUGGGGUGUGUGCCUGCGUGUCCGUGCGCACUGGCCUACGUAUGUACGUAGAGAAGAGGAUUUGCUUUUCCUGGAAUGCCAGUACCGUAUAUGUUGGAGAAACUCAGUGAUUAGAAGAGCAAAAGGACAGUGCACGAUUACUUUGCCAAGAGGAACGUGAGCCAUAAGCUCAUUAAGGGGCUUGGUCUCUGCCUGCUGAAGAAGGUACGCUUCAGUCACUGGCUAUUUGGAGACCACUGUGCAUUGCUCUGAGAGCUUUGCCUUCCCGGGACGGAGGGAGCCCCUUGGCCACCCCAGCCAUGCUGGCGACCCUGAUGACAGCACUGUUCUUUGUGGUGAGAGCAUUUGGGCAGGUGAGUCUGGGCUGGCCUGGCAGCAGGUAGGAUUUAUUGCUUUCCAUUUUAUUUCUAGAAAUGUGUGGGUUAUCUUACUAGGGAAGGUAGCGAGCAGUGGGGAAUGUGGGCUGGGGAUGCCCCAGCUCCUACUCCAGCAUAGCUGUGGCUGUGCCGUGAGCCCCUGCAGCAGUGUGCAGCCCAGUGGGUCUGCAUGUCCUCGGCAAGUUGCCCACAGUGUUGGCUUGGGAGCACGUGUGAGUUUUUGUCAUCGUAGCAUUAGCAGGUGUAUUGGCAGCUUUGCAGAGCACGGUUCCCUGUUGUGCCCGUGCAUGCAGGAAGCAAGUGCAGGGGCUUGGGCUUCCCAGUCUGGCGAGCAAGAGCUGCGAAAGUGCAUGUUGAGUCUCAGAGCACUUUGGGGAGGAAGAACAACCCUCCCUCGUCUAGGGUUGCUUUCUCUUGGGGAGAGGAAGGAAAGUGGGAAUGUCUGCUAGGCUGGCCAGGGGCUGUGUCACCAGCCUGGCUGACUCUUUGAGGACAGGCAGUUGUUCCUCGUCCCGCUGACUGCACCUCUGGCUUUUGUAGCUCCUUCCCCAGGGUCCCACAGCAGUGCGCAGCGGUGUGCUCCGGCCCUGCUGCGUGGUGUGUGAUGCAGGUGAUAGUGACUGUCCCGGUGUCAGGGUGUGAGCCUGCAGCAGAGCUCCGAGCGCUGCCUCCUGUGGUCUCUAGACCAGCUCCUGCCCUCUGCCGUUCCCUGUCCCCAAAAACACCUUGGGGCAAGGAGAGGAGGCAGAGGUCUCUGCUUGCCCUGCUGGGAAUGGCUGCCUGUGCCUCCUGAAACCAGGCCACCCUGGGCAGGAGGUCUGGGCCACCCAUGCUUCGUGCAGAGCCAUGUGGCCUCAGCAUCACCUGUGAUCUCUGCAGCCCCACUACUUUGUGCUGUGAGAGUUGCUCAUUGGCAUGGUGCUGGGAAGACACGCUGAGCAUCACUGCAACUGGCAAGGCCACCAUGGGUUGUGGUUACUGCAUAUGGAGGAGCAGCUCUUUCUGUUGCUCUUCAGCUUCUCUCCUGUCCCCUCAACUGCUGCAAAUCCUUUCUGUGUCCAGCUCGGGACCAGCUUGUUUCACGAAGAGCCCCUGCCGUACCUUGUGUACCAGCCCCUGCCCUGGCAGAUCCAGUGUGUGACACAGAGCCGCCGCACCAGCCGGGACAGCGAGAAAGGCAGGAGCUCUCGGCAUAACAGCAUCUACUCAAUUUCUGGAGAGAAAGGCAAUGUGACCCCUGACACCAGCAGCGAGAGCAAGUUCUUCAGCGAUCCUUCCGAGAAGGCGGCCGUCACCAUCCAGACCCACUUCAGGAGAUACCAGCAGCAGAAGCAGGAGAAGAAGUAGACGUGUCGGCCACCUGUGCCCUGCACUGUCCCUCCUUUUUGUCUGCUUGGUAUCCCAGAGAGCUUUGCAGCCAUGGUGACUGUGAACCCGCUCCCUGAUAACGUAGCUUCUGGUGCAUGUGCAGCUGUAGAUACUCUGCUGUUCGUGUUGGUUGCCACUCAGAGUGAGAUCUCUUUCCUGGUCAGUCCUUCCCUAGACACCAUUGCCUUGUGGGCCAGGCUACCACUGGUGAGGGGCUGUUUGGGACCUCAGUGCCCAGGGAGUGGCACAGCAUUUACAAGCCUUUCCUUGGUGGCAGCACCCAGAGCUGUGUGGUGGCUGGCCCUUGGGCCACAGCCAGUUUAAGUCCAGCACCUAUGUCAGGGGAGAAGGAGGGGUCCUGUACAGCUGAUGGCAAUUGUGGCUGGCUAGCUGCUCAGCUGAGGCUGGCUUUGCCCAGCAAUAGUCCUCCUCUGUGCCUCCACCUCUGUUCUGCCUCUGGAGCUGCAGUGGAACAACUGCCCUUGUCCCCUGCUCCAGGCGGCUGGCUGGCUGAGCUGCUGAGCAUGACCGUGUCCAGGAGCUGGCCCGGAGUGGGAUGGCACUGAGGGGGUAUGCUGCAGGCAGCUAGGGUGGUAGGAGCUGAGCUGUGUUCUGACU